AGCAGGCGAAAUUGUGCUGAGGGAAAACAGCUUAAGCAGGUAGUUGUAAACAAAGAUUUAUACUACCAGUGUUUAAAUCAAUAAUCUUCAUCGAAUAAAUAUUUAUUAUUGUGCUGCCGGGGUGGAUAUAUUUAUAUAUUGUAAAGAAAGAAAGAGCUAUUGCUAUAAAAAGUCCUUAGGGCUAUUGUUGCGCUUACCCAUUUAGAUUUUGGGUGAUUUGAUACAAGAAUCGAUACGUUAGUACUUUGGUAGUCCCCUCUACUUCUGGAAAGCGAUAAGACGACCUUCAUUUUUUCUGUAAGAUCUUGGUACGUCAGUACCAGUAGAGUAGUGACAAUUUAUUUUAUCCUUACGUUAGCUACUUGGAGCAUUCAAGCCACACCAAAAGCGCCUGGUUUGCGCUGUGGCUUUGUUUUAAAGUUUCGACAGCUGUGUCAAAUCAAUUUCGAAUUUCAAAUCCUGUAAAAAUACCCGAGUCAUUAAGUUAUUUGUGGUUAUAAUUCGGACAACUAACAAUAAAAUUUUUCCUAAAAACGACCUUUGCUAAACGACGUUUGACUUCUCUGAAGCUGCACCUGGAAAGUGCGCUUCUUACUAUAAUUCUCUUGUACAAUAAUAAUUACAGUUAAGUUUAUAAGCUGGGAGAGGGGAGAGCCCGGGAGAGGCUGGGAGAGGCUGGGAGAGCUUCCGCAAAUUAGAAGGAACAGCGCGACUCGUUUUGUAAAUUUGCUUCAGGCUCGAUGGUAUGAUGUCUAUUUUACUGCAGUUCUUUUUAUAUAUAUGUAAGCGGUUUGGACGGCGCCCCUGUGGCGUAUUUCUAUUUGUGACUACUCGGCGCAGUUUUUGGGAUGGCGGAUGCCGCCGACAGGUGGCAUCUAGGGGGCGAAAAAUUCCUGCAUGCGUGUCCUCCACGCGGGCGGCCCCUGGGGCGCUGCUGUCGUUAUCCAUCAGGGAAAGUUGAAGCGGGCACUUCGAUUUUCCUUCGAUGAGGGAAAGCUGAAGUGGCCAAUUCAAAUUUCCUUCGAUGAGGGAAGGUUGAAGUGGUCACUUCAAUUUUCCUUCGAUGAUGGAAAGUUGAAGUGGCCACUUCGAAUUUCCUUCGAUGAGGGAAAGUUGACGGGGCCAUUUCAAAUUUCCUUCGAUGAGGGAAGGUUGAAGCGGUAACGUCGAUUUUCCUUCGAUGAGGGAAAGGCGAAGUGGCCACUUCAAAUUUCCUUCGAAGAGGGAAAGUUGAAGCGGCCAUCCCAAAUUUCCUUGCUUCGAUGAGGGAAAGUUGAAAUGGCAACUGCGAGCUUCCUUUGAUGAGGGAGCGUUGAAGUGGGCACUUCGAUUUUCCUUCGAUGAGGGAAAGUUGAAAUGGCCAUUUCAAAUUUCCUUCGAUGGGGGGAAGUUGAGGUGGCCACUUCAAAUGUCCUUCGAUGAGCGGGCGCGCGGUGCUCGUUUGCCUUCGAAUCGAUGCAACGCCAUUGGCUGCGUAUGGGGUGAGUGAAUGCGCGCGCGCAGCGCGCGCGCGAAAUUUUUUUUGGUUCUAUGGCUCUCCCUAUUAAAGUAUAAUAAUCAACACCAUACGCGGGGGAUUAGAUAAUCCAGCGAGUUUUUUUUUUGUGACGUGUUGGCGUUGCUGAUUUUCCUCUCCCAGGCUCUCCCAACCCAGGAAAAAGGGGGCUAUAAACUGUGCUGUAAUUAUCUUUAUUUUUCUGGCCCGAAACACCUACACCCCACUUCCUGUCGCACGACAUGGCUGCUCGCGCAAACGCCAACGCGAAGAAGCGACAAAAGCCGUACGAGUCCCCCAACGAGGAUGACGCUGGGUAUACUUCGGCCACAGGGUCCGGCACCACUACUUCCACCACGGCGAAUACGAGGCUCCGUGCGCACUCAUCGGUCGAUACGUUCACCAGUUUGCCGUUCCAGUACGCUGCUCUGCCGAGGAAUCGGCGCCACAGCCUGCUACACGACACCGACUGCUUCGAUAUCGAACAGAAAAAAAGUGCUACAGUGACGAGCUCGCUUAGAUUCCAUAGAAUUCUGUCUUGCCUAAUACGAAAACUCUUCUGACGCAAAGCUACAGGAUUGGUGUUUUACUUGCCUGCAAUGAGGAUUUAUACGAUUAAGUUUUAUACUUAUACGAUUUCUUCAGAUAGCUCGAAAAAGAUCUGACUUGUCCACCGAAGGAACUCAUGCAUUUUAUUUCAGUGUAGUGUGAUGUCACUGUAGCGCUUUUCCCCUGGGAUAUUCGAACGGCAAGCGCCACUUAUCCCCACUCUGAAGGGCAAUUCGGCGACCAGCGAGCACGUUUUGUGCGGAAUUGAGGCGAAUUUACCGCACAUCACGGGGCCGGUUUAUUUACCGCCACGGAAGCUGCUGUGUGUGGAUUUUCAGCCACUCUCUGCGGUACCUUCUUAAGCUUCUAUUUGAUUUUUGAUAUGUUCAAUAGAAUUAUGGAAACGCCCGAAGGGCUAGAUUUCUGCUGGGUGUUUUUGCAGCGUUUGGGAGGAGUGAGCGCCGGUUGCUUGCUCUUUGCUGCGCUGUUUGAUAUGCAUCGCUCUCGUUGAAGUAGAAGUUGUCGCGCAAAUGUCUAUAUUUCGUACUCCAAUGAAUACAACAACAGGCAAACUCGGGGUCGUUCGGAACGGUCUUUCGGUACGUAUCACACUGGAAAUACCACUCCCAAUCCUGAGUCAUUAUUCCUGUUAUGGUUUUCCUGCUUUUGGUUCUCGAGAAUUUGUGUAUAGCAUGGUGCCGAAGUACGACGUUGGCGCUGCAAGCGUUUGGGCCUUCUUUUUCAGACGCAAGGCUGUGUCCGCCUCCGCGUUUUUUGUGGAGGCAGCUUGCCUUCAUGAAAAUUUGUUCCCAGAUUUUUUUUUUGCACCUACUCCGCCACACAAGCAUUUGUGCAUGAAGAUUGGGACGACUAUUUUCACUGCGAUCAGCCAAGACCGAGAAUCCGCAAACCCAAGAGACGGGGGAGUGUAUCGGGAAAAUUGUGGAUGCAAGCGAACCCCGAUCCGUGAACGAAAUCGCGAUUUCGGUGGUCCUCGGCAAGCUAUCAAAGCCCCCAAGAGGGUAUUUAUUUGACUUCAUGGGUAGGACCGGGCAUGAGACCCACACUCGGUCAUUGAUUUUUCGUCAGUCUGGCUGCGUGUUUCCUUCCAUUCGCGAAUCCUCUACCAUUUUGCGAACACCCAAAAUUAAAACGCAGGUUGAUGGCACCGUUGGAGGUCUAUGCGGAGACAAACGACCUUAAAAAAAUUCACUUGCACUAUUCUCGUAAAAUGUGCAUUUACGAAUUCAGAACCAAGAUCGACCUUAGCAUCGGCUUGCCAUUGUUUGUUUUGCUGUAGCAGCUCGGUACAGUAGGAAUAGGAUAGGCUCGAGUGGACAUGUUGCGUAAGUGUAAAUGAAUUACUACUGACUGGCGGUGACUCUAAAACUACUACUUGCAGUGUAUCGCGAACACCAAAUAACUUUGUUCUAAGAUGGUGAGCAAGCCUGAUGUCGACUUGUUUUUUUCCUAUGCAUAUUGGGAAGCACGUGAUGUCCGGCGACGCUUUCUCCGAUAUAUCUGGUGACGAGACAAAUUUCGUGGAGCAUUCUUACGUCGAGAUUUUGCACGGGUUACACUUCCUCCACCAGAGCGACAUAAGCUCGAACGAUUGUAUUGGGCGUAUCACUUUUGUACUGCUUUGUUGGUUUAGAUACGUUUUCGCGGAUAACUAACUGCCGCAACGUAGUAGGGAACGCCCUCAACCUUACCAUCAAAAUUCUUGCACAGGUAAACCGGAUAACUUGUACUUGGAAUUCGACUCGUAUGGAGUUCUGCGCGUCUACCUCGGAGAUUUCGGGCUACGGGAGAAAAGUUUUGCCAUCUCGUCAAAAAAUGGACACCACCAGAACACGCAAAAAAAAAAGACGGGCUUUUAGGUGUCUUGAUGUAUUUGAGAGCCUGCAAAUUUGGCUGGCGGCCUUUGCGUUUCACAUAAUAGGAACUUCGGCCGGAAGCCAUUGGGAAGGGGCGAACAGCGCCGCCGGGCGCUCGUCCUCCCGUGUUUCCCAGGUAAGCGGCCAGGAAGUUGGCCCGGUCCCAGGCCCGACGCAGCCCGGCGGGCGCAUCAGGUCCAGGCCUGUUGUGGCCCGCCCCACCUGGAGGGAGGCCUCUGGCCUAGGAGCUCACACACGCCAAGAGCAAGAGCCCUAGAAGCCACUCGCAAAAGCGACCCCCUUCACCCCCUACUUAGACUCCGGCGACUUGAAGCACCCCCAAAAACCGACCCCCCUGGUCACCCCCCUUCGAGGCCGGGCAGAACGAAAUCUGGGGGGGCUUUCAUUCUUGUUCUUUCCAGCGCUUUUUCUUCCGGAAACCGCAGGCGCCAUCGACAUUGGCGAGGAGCAGAAAUCUAGAAGCCGUGCCAUGGGCUGCGUGCCCACAGUAGGAAUGCCUAGGCCUUGCGCGACCGGCUCAAGUGGAGCAAGACUAAAGAGCGCCCCGACAUUCGAAGUAGCCGCAAACUAUUGCUGCCAAGGCGGGCCCAAACGCUUCGCGCUGUUUGUGUGCAGCCGUUAGCGGCCUCAAAAAUAAACCAAAAAGUUUAGACCUCCAAAAACCAACCUUUUUUUUGCUUGCUCUGGUGGGGUCCAUUUUCUAUCUGAUGGGAGUGCAAAAUUUUUCUCCCCUAAUCGGAAACGCGUGCAAAGCGACGCAGAGGGCCACAGAGAAGGAAUUUCCGCCGUUUCCAGGGGGGUACUGUGAUUUUCUCGCCGUCGCAAAUUUGCUUGGCGUCGUAGUUUUUUUCAUAUUGGGUGUACGGAUUGUGUGAGCGAAAGUCUGCUUUUCUCUCAUGUGUUUCCAGUACUACUUGAACAAUAAGCCGGUCUCGCACGGAUAUUAGUCAGACCAUCAGGAUCAGCACCAUGAUAACCACAAGCCCAGUCUUCAGAUUCAAAGCAAAUAAAAUUGUGAACAGAUAUACGCUGCAGGAGUUGCAAAAGGAGAUGCGAUUCCCAGGCACGAGCGUCGCCAUUGAUCAGAUGUUGCAGGCGGAGGAAGAAGGGGAUAAGGAUAAGGAAGACUAUGACAUCUGCAAAUGUGACAACGUCUGCCGUGGCAAGGCUGAGGAGCCGGCCUUGAUGACUUUUCUUACGUAGUACUUAAACGGAUCUCAUCCAGGAAGCACCAAGUCGAGAUUGGCAACGCGAGACAGCUUCUACGUGCCAGAAAAUUGAAACUGCGCGCCCGACAGUUGGUCCGCGCAACCUGUAUUUGAUGUCGGAAAUUGUGAUGGCCACAAACUAACAAAAGGCAUAUCAAUUUGCAUCUUGUCCAUUUUUAAUGCAGCACGACGUCCCUUGCCGUGCGGUUGUCCCGCUUGAGCUGGCCAUAUGUUGAAACUGCUGACAAAGGACGACUACGCCAAGAGUUUAUGGAACGCGUUGAAGGCCGGCGGGGUGAGUUUAUUUUUAUGUUUUUCUCCUCUAUCCGGUUUUCGUUUUUUUUUCCUCACGAACACUGCUUUUGUUUCACUUUCAUCAAUAACAAUGUGAUGUCAUGUAUAGAAAAUAAGUAAAUAAAGUGUGAAUGUACACUUUUGAAUAAAACUAUGAAUGCUCAGCCAGCAACACUUAUCGACCUCCGUAAACACGAUGUGGGCGUGUGUGGAUUGGUCGCCUUAGAACUGCUUCUUCUCGCAGCGGGAAAAGAUCAUCUCCUCGCGAAGGAAGCAGACCGUACCUGGCCGCAGGUCCUGCCCGCCGCUGCGUGGGGGUCGAUGCGCUUCCUGGAGGCUGAGCGGGAAUCCAACGCCCUGCAAGCGUUGAUCGUGUCCCCGAACAUGCCGCGGGAUAAUUUAGCCGUCAUAUGCAAUGCAAAUAUGUCUGCAGCUGGAACCUCCUCGCGACACUGAUGGAUCAAUCACGAGGAGGCCUCAAUUGACGGCCAAGCAUGACGAGGUUUCGAAUAGCUCGGUUGCAUCUACUGGAGUAUGAUGACUAAGAACAUUUCUGCAUGGCAGCAAAGCGUGGCCUACGGGUAAGUAACUUGCGAGCUAUCCUUGUCCAGCAUGACAAAUCUUGCAGUUUUCGUUCCACACCCAGGCAUAUUUGCACUGUAUAGGUUAAGGGAUGGUCCGGAGAACGAGUGAAUAAACUACGGGAGAAAGCGUUGGAAAUUAACCAGUUCCUCUAUCGCAAGGAAAAAUCCCCCCUUCCCAUAUUGAAAACGCAUACGCCUCAAAAUUGAUUUUCGAUGCAGAUUUGUGACCGCAAAUCGCGCGUGUCUUGCAGGAAGCUAAACGCAGGAUGUCCGCCACGUUAUGCAGGUGGCGAUUUGUAAUGCUGUAAGGUGGACGACAGGGCACGCAGCCGGCUACUACCAUUCUAGGCGGCUACACUAAAAGGCGCCUAGCUAGGCUCGCGAUUUGCGUGCAGUCCUCUACUGCAAUACUCGAACUGCUGGUUUUGUGUACGCAAAUCCAGCAUCACAGACUUCCUUUUCGAUGUGGGGAGGGGGGAUUUUUCCUUUUGAUAUCCUCCAGGCACCGGGGUCGAGGAUGCGGAAGGUGGUCCUGGCGUCCUUAAAUGGUGCGCCCGGAAAACGGCCCACGGCGGCCGAAGCGCUGAGCACUUUGGGGGCGCAUGCUCCUUCGGCGUUCCAGAUUAGGUAUAGAAGUAGAGUAGUCCAUUUUUUUAGGUUGGGCGCAUUUUUCGUUCUUGGUGAGUUUUCACAGUUUCGAAACCUCGGGUGGCAAUGUUUUGCGCAAGUGCAUGGGCAGCAGAAGUCAGCAUUGGCUCGUGGCAGAUAGCUGCACAAGCGCGCGGCGCCCCUCUGGAGCUUUACUAUUACAUCAUCAUCAAUAUUAACCACUACUGCAGUGCGAUGCCGUGUACGGGUUUGGUCGUGAAGGAUCAAAAGGCGGCCAUCGCGGAGGCGCUCGAAUACUAUCACGACGCCGAACGAUAUCCAAGGACAAAAGUGCUACAGUUACACGCUUGUAGUGAAGUCAGCAGAAAAAAUUGCCUCGCAUCACGAAAGAGAAAACUUGCCAUGCAGAGAUCACAAGGGAAACCACACACGAAACGAGACGCGCAAGCAUUUUGCGCAUGACAGAGGUCGUCUGUCUUACAUGUCUUGUAGCAAAGUGUGUAACUGUAGCACUUUUUUCGUUGCAUAAACGAACGGCGGCAGGCACCGCGGCGUCGUACACCCGAGACUGCUAUCAAAUGCAAAUAUGCCUGGUUCUGGAAGACAGAACUUGUAAUGCUGCACUUGGAUUCCAAAGAGAAAGAAAUCUGUACUAUUGCAUGAGCAGCAGAGGGAAUGUACUUUUUGCUACGCGGAGAGGGAAUUUUUCAUGCGUAAUAGGCAUCGAGAAGCCCGCAAAAACAGUUAUGAUGCUAGGACCUGCAUCACAGAAUCAAUUCACGGGUGAUGCAAAGUGUGCAUGGAUGACAAACCGCAAGUCUUCCAGAUCAAGACAUAUUUGCACUCCAUAACUGCAUCGAAGCGCGGGAGCGCCUCCUCUUGGACAUCGGAAUUGUCUACUCCACCGCAAUACGAAAUGCAACUAUGUCUGGGUCUGGAAGAAUGCAGCUUGUGGUGCUGCAGCUGCCUGUGGAUUCCAAAAAAGUCUGUACUGCAUGAGCAGCAAAGGGCAGAUAAUUUUUGCUACGCGGAGAGGGCAUAGCAUUUGUCAUGCAGAAUAAACAUCGCGCUUGCGAAUCCCUCAAAAAUCUGUGAUGUUAGGGCAUGCACCACAGACAUCAUACAUGGCUCAUGCAAAACGUGCGUGACAAGUCUCAGAACCUUCCAGAAUCAGACAUAUUUGCAUUUGAUAUGCUAAAAGGGACGCUCUCCUGCUGGACCAAAAAAGGGAACGGGAGGGCCGGUUGCCAGUCGACGUGAAGGAGGACCGCAAACCAGACAUCAGCCACCGUCCGGAUGGCCAUCUACAGGCGAUGCUCAGAGUACUUUUUGGCUUUGCGCCGCUCUUUGGCUUCUUGGCGUUUUUUUAUCUCUGCGAAUGUACGUCCAGUGCCAGUCAGAAAAAGAUGAGAAAAGACCACAACUUUACAAUACAAUUUCAAGGACUAGGACAAUAAACACAAAGAUGAUGAUAAUGAUGACGUUGAUGAAAUUACUUCGCGGCGACUUUGUUGUGUAUUAAUUUGGUUUGACGCGGCACGCAUUCAUUGCACCAUGCAUUGCAAAUAUGUUUUGAUCUGGAAAGUUGUGAUGCUAGUGUGUGAAUGGUGGGCGCGCGACUGCAGUACACUGCCAUGCUUGAGAAGUAUCUGAGCUCCUUUGUGUUUCGUUCUCCGCAUGACAAACUGCGUGGUUGCAUGACAGACAAGAUGCUCACGUAUUAAAUUUUCAAGACUCAUGCGAGACAAGCAUUACAGAACUGCGCUCUUCCAGACCCAGACAUAGUUGCAGUGAAUAUGCACUGGCGCCGCGCAAUGCAGCUGCGCACAGAUUACAACUCGCAUUGCACAUAAGUAAAACAGGUUGUGAAAUCGCGAGCCGCCAAUAAGAAAUGGCUCGUCGAACAAGACGAAAAGAAGCCAGUCGGCACCGGUGUGAAACGGUAAGAAAGUGCAGUGCGCGACCCCCCUCGAACAGUUAUUCUAGUCCGGGAAGCUCGUCGUACCGCGACCGCCAUGAACAAUAUUUUUUGCACAGUGUACGCUGCCCCUUUAUGGCAUAUCAAUGCAAGAUAUAUUAUACCUUCACGGGAGCUGCUGUGUAAUGUGUAAAGCUACGUUCACAACAAGCCCCUGACGAUCGGAUCGAGUCACAUCGAAUUGCUUGCCUGCUCCAUCACUUUCGCCUCUCCUCACGAUUCCUUGCUACCUUGCCCGUUCCUGUCCCCGGCCCGCCCUCUUUGUUUAUAUAGUUGAAAACGAUACUCUCGAGCACGACAUUCUGCUAGCAGUCUCGUGUUUUUUUAUACGUACAUAUUUAUAGAGUGAUGUUUUAAUCGACGCUUUUUAGGUCAUAGAGUGUUUUACUAGACGAUGCUAUAGUUGUAGAUACGGAUCAGAGCACAAGUCUUUGUCUUUGCUCAGCGCUUUUUGAUUUUUUACUCAGGAAUAUAGAUAGUACGUUAGACGGUCACUCGCUUGCCUGAAGAAGCGAGCACACGACUGAUUUUCUACUCACUCUUACUAUCUUCUCCUGUUGCUGCUCCCUUUUUGCUUUCCCUGGGCCCUGCUGGCACCAAGCAGUUUUUUUUUGGGUUGGGAAUCAGUUUCUAGGGUGUCCUUCUUUUUUUUUUUUCUUCAUCAUUCCUAUUUUAUGGCAUUGCUUUUCCACUUUGAAUUUGCAUACCAUGCAUCUUUUCGCGCCAGCUUCGGACCUGAAACGGGCUUUUCCCGUGCCGCGUCCUGCGUUUCUUCCCCCGCUUCUCCGCCCCUGUUCCGACCCGGAGCCGAAAGGGUUUAGAGGGUUCAAAGGGUUUUAAGGUUCCUGUUUUGAUUUUAUUUAGAUACCUAUAUUGAAACACUAUUCACCAGCUAUUUACAAGCAGGAACAUCAUAGAUAUUAUGUUAAGCAGUUCGGCGCUCGCCUGAAGCAGCGAGCACCCUAUUGAUUUCAUACUUACAGUAUAAUAUAUGGAAGAUAGGUAGAGGCACUUUGGUAGAAGACAUUGCUGUGGCGGGCCUCACGAAGGGUUCUUUGGUCCCUGCCAUCGGUGAUCACGUUCGCGUGCCACUGCGAGCCGCCCCCACCUGUGCGUAUUGCUUUACACUUCGUCAGAACUACGUUGGGAUCAUCAACACUGCCAGAAAUUUUACAUUACUAAUAAACAUAUCAUGUUGAUGGACUUGUGCCGCCUAUCUCGGGGGUCGCUCACUCGCACUGCAUACGAAGAUUUUGCAAGGGCGGGCCAACGAGACGGUGUUCGCUGCCGGGAGCAUCAUGAUCGAAAAGUCCAAGUGGGAAUCCAUCGCACUCGAACAUGGCAUCACGAAGGAGGAGGCAAACAAGGCGUUGGACGACGCAUCCCAGAGGGGGUUUUUGAAGAUCUACCGCAAUGCCAAAAAGCCGAAAGGCGGUAGAGGACAGGAAAAGUAGAGCGAGGAGACAACUACGGUCAUCAACAUCACGAACGAGAUGUGGGAAGAGUAUAAUAUUGCGGAUGUAAUUCUGUUUCUGAUUUCUUCUCCAUACGUGUCCUUUGCAUUUUUGUGCAUGCGCUGUCAUCCGGAUUUUGUCUUCCGUUCAAAAACCAUGAGAACCAGAAAAAAACAACUGCAGGUUCGUCCACAAGAUGCCGGAUCAGAAGGUUUCCUCAAAUACGGAUGCAUCCUCAUCGAGCGAGGCGACUGGUGCAUUGAUGAGUUCGGACAGCUACCCCACACCGUUCCUUCCGGAGAGUAACUAGCUGGCCGAUGCUGCGCUUAUAGUUUAGCAGCAACUGUGCGCAAGUUUCUCCGCCAACUGAUUUUUACGCCCACUCUUCUAUCACUGUGUUUCUACUAUGAGUAAUUGCCUAUUAAUCUCAACAGUUACACACUCGAACGCUUUCACCAAUUGGCCGUCUUACAACUACUUACACGGAAAAAUAUUUAUGUCGCUCUACCCACUGAGCAAGGGAAGUUGGAUGCUUCCGCGUUAACACGUUGUUACAAGAACUAGUAUCGCAGAGUGGUUGCCCUCGAAAAAAAAUCACCCACAGUUUUGACAAAUCGCAAAUAAGGAAUGUCCCUUUUGGUGUGCCCCCUCCCAUGUUGAGCUAGAUGGAAAAGAACGGCAUGUCGAUCUGCAUGUCCCAUGUUGAGCGCCGAUAUGCACAAAUGUCCGUUUAUGCACAAAUGUUCCGUGGAUGUUCCCCAGAAAGAUCACGCAAAU